GCGAUCGUAAAGGCGGCCCACAAAGUGCCAGCACACACGUGGGUAUGCUCAUGUAUAUCGAAUGCAUAUAAACGGAAGGGAUAAGUGGCGAGGCGGCUACCCACUUUUCCUACGAAGGUAACAACGGAAAGGCAGCUCCCCGAUUGGUAUAUAUACUUCUCCUCCCCCUGGAGUGGUAAAAAAUUGAGCAGAAUCCCAAGUUGAAGGGCACCAGAAAGAUGGUAGUGGUAGUACCACCCCCAUAGGGUAUCUCCAAACAAGCGGACGCAUCAUCCUAAGCGUACAAAUUGACCACCCUCCGGGCGAAGGAACCUCACCACGAUCGCGCCGAAACAUGCGCGCGGCACGCCUGCCCCCGUGCGUGUCCGCCGGGAAGACAAACAGCAGCCACCACAAGGCGCCAUUCAUACGCCUGCAAAAAUGCAAAUUCACCAUUUCCCCUGCUAAGCAAAACAUUGCAAAAGGCAAACUUCUCGAAUGUAAAGAAAUAAACGACCACAAUUACGAAAGGGUAAUAAAAAAGAGCAAAACGUUUCUGCUCUACGGAUAUGCCCAAUACUCAAAUAGGUGCUUCACCCAUUUUAACAAGUUGACCACCAUCAGUAAUGACUUCAAAACAAUCAGGGAGGGUGAAAAAUUGCCCCUAUACAAGCUAAACGUAAGUAUAAAUAAUUUCCUCGUUCGAAAGUUCCACAUUAAAUCGGUCCCCACAAUACAGUUAAGGCAUAAAAAUAAGUUAAUAGAAGAACUGACUGGAAAUGAAUUAAAUGAGCAGGCAAAUGUGGACAGACUGCUAAGAAGGUGUGGCACUUACUUUAACUCCAUUCGAGAGGUAGACAAUAUGGUCGAUUUUUUGGCCAGGGAAGAGGAGCUCCCCAGUAGCGGUUAUGCUGAGUUAUUGGGGAGGGACCAAUUUAUUCAUGGGAUGUUCCCACGUUUUGCAGCAACUCAUGGGGAAGAAGCCCCCAUGGAUAUCACCUCCACCCCAAAGGACAAAAACAACUUCACUCUCGAAAUGAAAGAAAAAUUCCUCCCAAAAGAUACGCUAAACGAUUUGCUGCUAAAAUAUCAGUGCACCACGUAUGUCCUUUUUAAAAAGCUAGAGCUUUUACUAAACGGAGAAAAUAAAAAUCCCCAUCUGAUCAAAUGUGCCUUGGACGAAAUAAUUGCCAACCAUCGUUCCUACUUGGACAUACAUGAGCGCUACAGCAAGUUAAUGGCCAAAGCGUUUCUCCUCCUUUUCGAUGAGGAAAAAUUGGCAAUCGAGAAUUUGAUAGAUCUAAAAAAAGCUUUGCAAUCCCCGGAGGGUGAGAGUGAUUCUCCUAUACAUGUUGAUACUAUACAGACGAUUCGCUUCAACGAACCGAUCAUCACUUUCGACGAUUUUAAAAACAUCCAUUGGAGGUGGCUCAACCGGGUGGACGACUUCUUAUCCAACGAGGGGGAAGAGGAAGCUCCUUCCAAAGCGAUAACCCCUGGGGAAGUUCCCCCUUCAGGCGAAAAAACAGAAGAGAAACAAAAUGGCAAAUUAAAAAAAGCCUCAAAAGAUAAUGCAAAGACGAGAUACCUUAGCCGCGUGUGCAGAAUACUCGCCAUAAAAUAUUUGCAAAAGGAACAGCACGAUGAUGCCUUCCAACACGCCUUAGAAUCGUACAAAUUGACAUUCCCCCUAAAUGACGUGGACACAUCUAAAUCGAAGGUCCUGAUUGAAAAUUUAAUUUUAUAUUUAGGGGCCUACAAUCCGAGCGUCAUUAAAUUUUUGAGCCACCUGCAGUUGCUCUUUACGGACAAAAUCUUCCACGUGGUUCGCUUCCCCCACACAAGGGCAAUCAAAGGUGGGCGCCCAAUGAUGAAAAGGGGGAAGUCUGGCAAGUGGCUGUGGCUAAGUCAGGACUGGAAGCCUCGGUGGUUGAAGAAAAAGGCAAAGUUGAUUUUGGAGGACGAGUGGAGGUGCGUCCCUGAUAAGAACGUCCCCUUCUGGAAUUAG